UAGACUUGUUGUAAACUUCAAUGAGAAGACGAAUGGGUGGUGGGGAGCUCCAGUAGCACUGAAUAAUUUUCCCCUCGAGCCGCCGCUCUCGUCAUCGUUGCUGCUGUGUUUUCCGCCGAGUCAGAGAUCUGCGAAAUCCCUUCCCCCCGUCUUCUUCCUAGAGAGCGAGGGAGAGAGAGAGAGAGAGAGAGAUACAUAAUUACAUAUACAUUUUUUCACAGACAUGCCUUGGUUCAGAAACUUCCUCCAACUCUCCACCUCCGCCGUAUCCCGACACUCAUCUCUCCAACGCCAAGCCGCCCUCUCGCCUCCUCCAUCCCUAACACACUCGGUCACUCGAUUCAUCACCACGCAGUCGGAGCCCGGUCGGUACGCCGGGCUGGGCCCGACGAAGCCCGACGAGAAGCCCAGGGUGGUGGUGGUCGGGUCCGGGUGGGCCGGGUGCCGCCUCAUGAAGGGAAUCGACACCAGCCUGUACGACGUCGUCUGCGUGUCGCCCAGGAACCACAUGGUGUUCACCCCCCUCCUGGCUUCGACCUGCGUGGGCACCCUGGAGUUCCGUUCCGUCGCCGAGCCGAUCGGAAGGAUUCAACCGGCUAUUUCGAGAGAACCGGGCUCAUACUUCUUCCUCGCUAAUUGUACCGGGCUUGAUACCGAUGACCAUGUGGUGCAUUGUCAAACUGUCACUGAAGGAGCUGAUAGCUUGGAUCCGUGGAAUUUCAAACUUUCGUACGACAAGCUAGUUAUUGCUGCUGGAUCACAGCCAUUGACUUUUGGAAUUAAGGGUGUGCUAGAGCAUGCAAUCUUCCUUCGAGAAGUUUAUCAUGCUCAGGAAAUCCGGAGGAAACUACUCUUAAACUUGAUGCUGUCCGACGUUCCUGGAGUAACUGAGGAAGAAAAAAGUCGACUCCUACACUGUGUCAUUGUUGGUGGCGGUCCAACUGGAGUGGAGUUUAGCGGUGAACUUAGUGAUUUUAUCAUCAAGGAUGUACAUCAAAGAUAUGCUCAUGUGAAAGACUAUAUCCGUGUUACAUUGAUCGAGGCAAACGAGAUAUUGUCCUCCUUCGAUGACGGCCUCCGGAAAUAUGCGACAAAGCAGUUAGUAAAGUCAGGAGUUCGGCUUGUUCGUGGGGUUGUCAAGGAUGUUCUACCUCAGAAGAUAGUUCUCAGCGAUGGUACGGAUGUUCCGUAUGGAUUGUUAGUAUGGUCUACUGGUGUUGGUCCCUCCCCUUUCAUUAAAAAUCUAGAACUUCCAAAAGCUCCAGGAGGAAGGAUUGGCGUCGACGAGUGGCUGCGAGUCCCAUCUGCCCAGGAUGUAUUCUCAAUUGGUGACUGUAGUGGGUUCCUUGAAAGUACAGGCAAACCUGUCCUUCCUGCUUUGGCCCAGGUUGCAGAGCGGCAGGGGAAAUAUCUAGCAAAUGAAUUGAACAGGGUGGGUAAAGCCAGUGGAGGACAUGCAUAUGCAGCACAAGAUAUAGACUUAGGAAAACCGUUUGUCUAUAAGCAUUUGGGUAGCAUGGCAACCAUUGGCCGAUUCAAGGCUCUCGUGGACCUGCGGCAGAGCAAGGAGGCCAAAGGGGUAUCUAUGGCAGGAUUCGUUAGUUGGUUUAUUUGGCGCUCAGCGUAUCUCACGCGUGUCCUGAGCUGGAGAAACCGAUUCUAUGUGGCAAUCAACUGGACUACGACUUUCAUUUUUGGCCGCGAUAUAAGCCGGAUAUAGGUUGGAAUGGGGGUUUCCAUUCAAGAUCCAAUCCCAUCUCCCAAAUCUUCCGCAAAGAAAGGAAAAA